GUACUCACUAAAUGAUUAUAAGCCACCCAUUUCUAAAGCUAAAAUGACACAGAUCACCAAGGCAGCAAUCAAAGCUAUAAAGUUCUACAAGCACGUUGUACAGAGUGUUGAGAAAUUCAUUCAAAAGUGCAAACCAGAAUACAAGGUACCUGGUCUGUAUGUCAUUGACUCCAUUGUGAGACAGUCCCGGCAUCAGUUUGGACAAGAAAAGGAUGUAUUUGCUCCAAGGUUCAGUAAUAACAUCAUCAGCACUUUCCAGAACUUAUACCGUUGUCCUGGGGAUGACAAGAGUAAAAUUGUUAGAGUGCUAAAUUUAUGGCAGAAGAAUAAUGUGUUCAAGAGUGAAAUUAUUCAGCCUCUUUUGGAUAUGGCAGCGGAGAAGUCUCUCGCAGGAAUUCCUCCUCCAGUUGUGACCCCUGUCUUGCCCAGCACUACAGCUGCUAUGAGCAACAAUACACCAGGAACACCUGUGACUCCAGUUACUCCAGCCAAUGUAGUGCAGAGUUUACCUGACCCUUGGGUAUCUCAGAUUGCUAAUACAGAUACCCUUGCUGCUGUUGCACAGAUUUUACAGAGUCCUCAAGGCCAACAGCUUCAGCAGUUGAUUCAGACACUGCAGAUACAGCAGCAGAAACCUCAGCCUUCACUACUUCAAGCUCUGGAUGCUGGUCUUGUUGUUCAGUUGCAGGCCCUCACAGCACAACUUACAGCUGCAGCUGCUGCUGCUAACACACUUAAUCCCCUGGAACAGAGUGUCUCUUUUAAUAAGAAGCUGAUGGACAGGUUUGACUUCGGGGAAGAAUCUGAACAAAAUGAAGAGCCUAAAAAAGAAACUCCUACUUCCCAACUGCCUUUAGUACCAGAAUCUGUGAACAACUCCCUUUUUCACCAACUAGCUGAACAGCUACAGCAACAAAAUUUAGAACACCUCAGACAACAGCUUCUGGAGCAACAGCAGCCUCAAAAGGCAAGCCCUGAGGAGAAUCAAGAAGGAAAUUUUGGUUCAGAGCACUCUGCGUCACCAUCACAAGGGAGCAGUCAGCAGCAGUUUUUAGAAGUGGAAACAAAUGUAGAUGAUUCAAUGGAUAUUCAACAACAGGACAUGGAUAUAGAUGAAGGACAGGAUGUUGCUGAAGAAGAGAUUUUUGAACAAGAAGAAAAGAAAUCAGCUGUUCGUUCAAGAUCAAGAACUCGCUCAAGAUCUCGUUCAAGGUCACCAAGAAAACGAAGGUCAAGAUCACGGUCUGGUUCUCGUAAGCGUAAACACAGAAAACGUUCACGCUCAAGAUCAAGAGAAAGGAAGAGAAAGUCAUCUCGGUCAUAUUCCAGUGAGAGAAGGGCUAGGGAAAGGGAAAAAGAACGUCAGAAAAAGGGUUUGCCUCCUAUACGGUCAAAAACAUUAAGUGUUUGCAGUACUACUCUUUGGGUAGGUCAAGUAGACAAGAAGGCUACACAGCAAGAUUUAACUAACUUGUUUGAAGAAUUUGGACAAAUAGAGUCAAUUAAUAUGAUUCCCCCAAGAGGGUGUGCUUAUGUCUGUAUGGUUCAUAGACAAGAUGCGUUUCGUGCUCUUCAGAAACUUAGUUCUGGGUCCUAUAAAAUUGGAUCUAAAAUUAUUAAGAUUGCCUGGGCUUUGAAUAAAGGUGUGAAAACAGAAUACAAGCAAUUCUGGGAUGUGGAUCUCGGAGUUUCAUAUAUUCCUUGGGAGAAAGUAAAAUUGGAUGAUUUGGAGGGCUUUGCUGAAGGUGGCAUGAUUGACCAGGAAACAGUAAAUACAGAAUGGGAAACAGCCAGAAGCUCAGAAGCUGCUAAAGAAAAUACUCAAACUACGCAGAGUGCUGCAGUUGAUAAGAAUACAGUUAUUACAACACAGACAGAAGCUUACACGCAACCAGUCACUAUGCUACAGAUUCCAGUAGCUCCAGCUGUGCCUGCUGUUAGUUUGGUUCCACCUGCAUUUCCUGUCACAAUGUCUGUCCCUCCUCCUGGUUAUAGCGCAAUUCCUCCUCCGCCCUUCUUGCGUGCGAGUUUCAACCCUUCACAGCCACCUCCAGGUUAUAUGCCUCCCCCAGUUCCACCUGUGGUUCCACCGCCUGUUGUCCCACCACCUGUUGUUCCACCAGUUGUUCCAACACCUUUAGUACAGCCUCCAUUACCAAUUGCACAAGAGACGAUGAAGGAUGUUCCUUUUACUAGCCUUGUUCUACCAGUUGGCACAGUUACUAGCAAUCUAGCUACUCCAACAUUAUCUGCUGGAAAUGUUUUUAAUCCUCUGCCAAUCAGCAAACCAGAAUCAGAUGAAAAAGGAUCACAUCUUGCAGACCUUCAGAUUUCUUCCAGUGAAAACAAUAGAUCUGCGCAAAAUGAUGUUUCGAAUAGCUCUGGACUUGUUGGAGGAGUGCAGCCAUCCAGCGUCUCAAGCAGUUCUGGGCUUACUGGAGAAGGGCAACCACCGAGUGUCUCAAGUAGCUCUGGACUUGCAGGAGGAGUACAGCCACCCAGUGUUUCAAGCAGCUCUGGACUUGUAGGAGGAGUGCAACCACCAGCUGUUUCAAGCAGUUCUGGUCUUGCAGGAGGAGUGCAGCUACCAACUGUCUCUAGUAGCUCUUCUCUUGCUGGUGGAGUUCAGCCAACAAGUGUCUCAAGUAGCUCUGGACUUAUGGUUGGAGUGCAACCACCAAAUGUCUCAAGUAGCUCAGGGCUUAUAGCAGGUGUGCAUCCACCCAGUGUCUCAAGCAGCCCUGGCCUUCUGACAGGAAUGCAGCCACCCAGUGUCUCAAGCAGCUCAGGAGUUCUGGCAGGAGUACAGCCACCAAGUGUCUCUAGCAACUCUGGGCUUCUCAUAAUGCCACCACCCAAUGUUUCAAGUAGUUCUGGACUGAUGGGCGUGCCAGCACCAAAUAUUUCAAGUAGUUCUGGACUUCUGGCAAUGCAACAUCCAGCUGGGGUUCCAAAUAUGCCUCAUUUAAAUAUUAGUAGUCAAAGGAUGCCAGGAAUGCAAGGAAUGCCACCGCAGCGUAGUAUUCCUCCUCCAGCAAUCCUUGAUCCAUCUCUUCACCCACCACCUCGAGGUCCUUUUCCUCCAGGAGAUAUUUUUAAUCAAACAGAAAGACCUUUUGGAACACCAGGAAGACAAAAUAUUGACAGCAUUUCUAAUCCAGAGAAAAGAGUACCACUUGGAGGUGAUAACAUUCGGCAGGAAGGAGACAGAGAUUAUCGCUUUCCUCCAGUGGAAAACAGAGAUAAUCUUAACAGGCCAUCUCCAGUAGAUGUCAGAGAUUCUGUUGGACGACCACCGGUUGAUCCAAGAGAGGGUAUAGGAAGGCCUCCAGUAGAUGGAAGAGAACACUUUGCAAGACCACACGUAGACAUGAGAGAAAAUUUUGGAAGACCAGGUAUCGAUAACCUUGGUCGAAGAGAGCAUUUUGGUUUCAAUUCAGACAAGCACUGGGGACAGAGAGGAGAUUAUGAUGAAAGAGAGCACCAUGCCUUCCCCAUUUACGGUGGCCCUAAAGGCUUCCAUGAAGACAGAGAGAGGUUUCGGCAUGUAAACUAUAGAUUUGAUAGUAGAAGUGGUCCUAAUUGGAAUAGAGGAUUUGAACAAGAUGCUCACAGAGAUUUUGAUGACCGCAGAAGACCCUGGGAAAGGCAGAGGGAUAGGGAUGACAGAGAUUUUAAUUUUUGCAGAGAAAUUAAUGGAAACAGGUUUGGAAGAGACAGAAUGUCAAACAACUGGAUCCCCCCUCCACACCCACGGGUUUUUGAAUAUUUUGAUGGGGCCACAUCCCAGCGCAAAGUCGAUAAUCUGCCCCAGGUAAACGGUGAAAAUACAGAGACAGAAAGUCAGCCACCAACUGCACAGGUGCAGGAUGAUCCAGAACUUUAUGAAAAACUGGCAUCUUCCGUCGAGAUAAACAAAGAGAAGAGUGACACAGAAGCUGAUAUAGAGAGUGAACCAGUGGUAGAAAGCACAGAAACUGAGGGGACAUAAUCAUCACUCAGUAGGUAAAAGAUACCUUUUGUA